ACAAUUUGUGUUCUCCAGAAACAAAAUACAAAUGUCUACCGAGGGGGACUUGACCAUUCUUGAAAAAUGCCGAAUUUCACCACCGCCCCACACCGUAGGCGAAAGAUCACUGCCACUCACUUCCUUCGAUUUGCCAUGGUUACUCUUCCACGCAGCUGUUCACCAGCUUUUCUUUUAUGAUUUCCCACAUUCCAAAUCCCAUUUCAUCCAGACAAUUGUUCCAAACCUCAAACACUCGUUGUCCAUAACUCUUCAACACUUCUUUCCAUUUGCAGGCAACAUGAUCAUCUUUCCUAGCGAAAAUCAUUCGGGUGUCACUCAAAAACCCGAAAUCCUUCAUGUCGAUGGCGAUGCAGUCGCGCUUACGUUUGCUGAGUGUAGCCUUGAUUUCCAUGAUCUCAAAGGAAAUCAUCCUAGAGAUUGUAACAAGUUUCACCCUUUGGUGCCUCAACUUGAAAGCGCAUUUAAAGUAUCCGACAUUGUGAAAAUCCCAGUGUUUUCGAUUCAAGUAACGAUAUUCCCUAAUUCCGGAAUUACCAUCGGGCUCUCAAAUCAUCACUCACUUUGUGAUGCAAGAACACGAUAUAAUUUCUUGAUGGGGUGGACAUCGAUUGCUAAACACGGCAGUGAUGAGCUAUUCUUAGCUAGUGGAUCGUUGCCAUUUUACGAUAGAGUGAUCAACUACCCUGAUUCCUUAGAUGAAAUGCUUUUAAGUUUACCACCCAUUCGAAAUAUUGAUGAAAACUACAAGGUGCAGCAGCUUGUUCCCCAGCCCGAUAAAGUUCGAUCAACAAUUGUCUUGACCCGCUCACAAAUCACUUGGCUAAAGAAAUGGCUGUUGGUUCAACUUCCGACACUAAAGUAUGUCUCUUCGUUUGUUGUAGGAUGUGGUUUUGUAUGGAGUUGUAUAGCCAAAUCGCGUAUCCUCAUUGAAGGAAAAAAAGGUGAGUAUGAGGUCGAACGGUUUGCGUGUAUGGCUGAUUGGAGGAGUCGUUUGGAACCCCCGGUUCCCCCAACUUAUUUUGGCAAUUGUACAGGGUUAUGUAUGGCUAUAACAAAAACCACUUUAAUAACAGGGAGCAAUGGGUUUCCAACCGCGGUUGAUGUACUAGGAACCGCUAUAAUGCAAGCCGUAAACAACAAGGAAGGGUUCUUUGAAGAUAUGGAGAGAUCAUUGGAGAAGGGACUUAAGCAAGCUCCAACGAUUGGUGUUGCAGGAACACCAAAACUCAAUGUUUACGAGGUUGAUUUUGGGUGGGGGAGGCCCAAAAAGUAUGAGACUGUAUCGUUAGAUUUCAGUGAUGCGAUAUCUGUUAACGCAAGCGAAGAAGCAUCAGAUGAUCUUGAAAUUGGUUUGUGUCUUCCUGGUAAACAAAUGGAUGCUUUUAUAACCAUAUACAAAAACGAAUUAGAGAGCAUGCUUUCUGAUCAAUUCUAAUGUUUCAGUCUGUAAUAGUAUUUGUUGUUAACGAGUUAAUGUCAGCCCGCGCGUUGCAGCGGGAUGAUGAUUGUGAAUGUAUUUAACGUCACUAUGUAAGAAGCGAGAAUUUUUUAUUUGAUGUAAA